AUGUCUAGUGCCACCGACAACAUCAACACUAGAGUUGAUAAGAAUGAUGUACAACAACACCAUUCUACUGUCAUUGACUUGGACGGCAUCAAAGAGAAGUUGUCAAGACAACAGAGGAAAAGGACAUACCAAAUCGAGCAGUUCACUUCAAAUCACUCUUUGAUCGUUGAACAGCUCGUGAAAAGGAACAUGGUGGAGAAUAAGAAAGCAAGCAACUACCAUUUCAAAUGGGGAUGGUCAUGGAAUUCAUUGUUUGUGGCUAAUGAACAUCAGAUCGUCAAUCACUUCCCAAACUAUGAUGAGAUUGGAACAAAGAGUGGACUGACUACCAAUCUCAACAGACUCUAUCGUCGCAGUGCUGACAAGAUUGUCAGACAACACAUUGAGACAUUCUUUCCAAGAUCCUAUCUACUCAGCAAUCAAAGUGAGAGGGACAGCUUCCUUCUUGACUUUUACAGACCAACAACAUCGCAACAACAAUGCUCCACCUCCACUAACACUCAAUCAUUGUUGUCCAAUAAUGACGAUGAUGUACACUUUCAAUCAAUGGACAUGUCGUCGACCUAUGUUUACGCACCUCAACCACAUAUUGAUGGAACCAACAACAUUUGGAUUGCCAAACCAUCCAGCAUGGCCAGAGGCGUAGGAAUCAAGAUAUUCAACGAUGCCAAUCAACUACUCCAGUAUACCAAAGAGCAUGAACAUCAGUUCAUCGCCCAGAAGUAUGUGGAGAGUCCUCUGCUCGUGAUGAAUCGCAAGUUUGACAUACGUCAAUUUGUAUUGGUCACCAGUCUCAAUCCAUUGACCGUCUUCCUCUAUCGUGAUUGCUACCUACGAUUCUGUAGUGUACAAUACUCUACUGCCAACAUCCAUGAUCGGUUCGCUCAUCUCACCAACCAUCAAGUACAGAAGGAGUACAAAGGUGAUCAUGAUAUUGAAAUUCCACACAAUCAAUGGUCAUUGGAAACAUUCAAGAGUUAUCUUAAGAACAAUAAUCAUGAUAGAGAUAUCUGGAAUGACAUGAUAUAUGAUAAGAUCAAAUCAUUGGUUAUAACUACAUUGAUGUCUUGGCCAUCAGAAGGUCAUAGGAAUAAUAGUUUCGAAUUGUUAGGAUUCGAUAUCAUGUUGACUGAUCAUUAUCAGCCACUAUUGAUAGAGGUCAAUAGUAAUCCUGGAUUACAUCUUGUGACUGAUGUAGUUAAAUCACAUCAUCCAAGAGCAAUCAAUGACAUGUUCAAGGUGAUCAUGGACAACAAAGAUCAAUGGUACUCUGCUGCUGACAUCAAUGACCAUGAUAGGAAACAACAACUGUUUGGUGAUUGGGAUCCAAUCCAUGUCGGUCAUCACGAUGAGAAUCUAAAGACCAUUCAAACAAAGUCAAAAGCAAAGUUCAAAUCACUCAAUGUCCAGACUGUAUCCAAGUAG